AUGGCAGAGGAGGGUUUUCAGGUGGCAAUGAUAUGCUGGUCACUUGUGUUGAUUGGUAUAACCAGUGUCUUAAUGCGAUUGGUUAAGGAGAUGUGGCUGAAGCCUGCAAGGAUUCGAUCAGUGCUUUGGAGGCAAGGCAUCAGAGGGCCAGCACCUUCCUUCAUUUUUGGUAAUGUUUCAGAGAUGAAGAAGAUUCAAUCCAGCAAUGUCAACAUCAAUCAGAAACCAUCUGGUGUUAAACGAGUGCAGCACAACUGGGUUCCCUCAUUCUUUCCUUAUCUUCAGCAAUGGGAGCAGCAGUAUGGUCAAGUAUACAUGUACUCAACAGGGAGCAAGCAACACUUGUAUGUGAGCGAUCCCAAGCUGUUAAGGGAGCUGAAACUGCACAACUCCUUGGAUUUGGGCAGACCUACAUAUCUGAGUAAGCCAAUGCAGCCAUUGCUAGGUGACAGCGUUAUCCGGGCCAACGGAGAAGAAUGGGCAUACCAGAAGAAAAUCAUUGCUCCUGAAUUCUUCCUCGACAAGGUUAAGGGCAUGGUGGGUCUGAUGGAGGAAUCUACAAAGACAAUAAUUAAGACAUGGGAGAGCCGUAUACUAGAAAGUGAGGAGGGCAUCGUGGACAUAACAAUUGAUGAGGAUUUGAAAAGCCUCUCUGCUGAUAUCAUAUCAAGAGCUUGUUUUGGCAGCUCUUACUCCCAAGGCAACCAGAUUUUUGCAAAGAUUGCUGCCCUCCAGGACACCUUGUCCCAUCCAAGUUUGCUCUUUGGCUUUCUCAAUUUUAGAUUCCUUCCCACAGAAAAUGACAAGAAGGUAAGGAGUUUAAAGAAAGAGGUGGACGCUUUGUUGCUCAAAUUAGUGAGGGAUCGUCAAGCUGAAAGCCAAUUGUGUGGCACAUCAGAAAAGGACUUAUUACAAAUGAUACUUGAAAGUGCUGCUUCUAGCACUGAAAUGCCUAGCCACAAAACAGACCAAUUUAUUCUGGACAAUUGCAGAACUAUCUACUUUGCAGGAUCUGAGACCACUGCUCUUGCAGCAUCCUGGACCAUGAUGCUAUUGGCAUUACAACCCGAAUGGCAAGAUCGUGUUCGUGCUGAGAUUUUGAGGUCUGUGGGGAUGAUGAUCAACUGCAUCAUUGCCUGCAAGACAUGGACACCUUACGCAAAUUGA